UCCCGACCCGCGAUCGUCCGCCAGACCGUGCCACCUGGCCGCUCUGCCCGCCCUCGUGUGUGUGUUUUGGUCUGGGCUGGCCUCCGGGCCGUCAGUCCCCACUGGUUGGGCCAUGCCGAGUCGCCGCGUCGCCAGAUCGUCCGCUGCGCCGGAGCUCGGGCCCUUGGGGUCCGCUGACCUCUCCUCGCUCUCUCUCGCCGUUUCCAGGACCACGGAUGAAUUGGAGAUCAUCGACGAGUACAUCAAGGAGAAUGGCUUCGGCUUGGAGGGGGCGCAGCCCGGCCCGGGCGAGGGGCUGCCACGCCUGGUAUCUCGCGGGGCGGCCUCCCUGAGCACCGUCACCCUGGGCCCCGCGGCCCCCCCGCCCCCGGCCACGCCGCCGCCCUGGGGCUGCACCCUGGGCCGGCUGGUGCCCCCGGCCGCGGGCGCCGGGCCGCGGCCGCACCUGGUCAUCACCGAGCAGCCCAAGCAGCGCGGCAUGCGCUUCCGCUAUGAGUGCGAGGGCCGCUCGGCCGGCAGCAUCCUCGGAGAGAGCAGCACCGAAGCCAGCAAGACGCUGCCCGCCAUCGAGCUCCGGGACUGUGGAGGGCUGCGGGAGGUGGAGGUGACCGCCUGCCUGGUGUGGAAGGACUGGCCUCACCGAGUUCAUCCCCACAGCCUCGUGGGGAAAGACUGCACAGAUGGCGUCUGCAGGGUGCGGCUCCGGCCUCAUGUCAGCCCUCGGCACAGCUUUAACAACCUGGGCAUCCAGUGUGUGAGGAAGAAGGAGAUCGAGGCUGCCAUUGAGCGGAAGAUUCAGCUGGGCAUUGACCCCUACAAUGCUGGGUCCCUGAAGAACCAUCAGGAGGUAGACAUGAAUGUUGUGAGGAUUUGCUUCCAGGCCUCAUACAGGGACCAGCAAGGACAGAUGCGCCGCAUGGACCCUGUGCUCUCUGAGCCUGUCUACGACAAGAAGUCUACAAACACAUCGGAGCUACGGAUUUGCCGAAUCAACAAGGAGAGUGGGCCGUGCACGGGUGGCGAGGAGCUCUACCUACUGUGCGACAAGGUGCAGAAAGAGGAUAUAUCGGUGGUGUUCAGCAGAGCCUCCUGGGAAGGCCGGGCUGACUUCUCCCAGGCUGAUGUGCACCGCCAGAUUGCCAUUGUGUUCAAGACACCACCCUACGAGGACCUGGAGAUCGUUGAACCUGUGACAGUGAACGUCUUUCUGCAGCGGCUUACUGAUGGGGUCUGCAGUGAGCCUCUGCCCUUCACCUACCUGCCUCGGGACCAUGACAGCUAUGGCGUGGACAAGAAGCGGAAACGGGGGCUGCCUGACGUCCUUGGGGAGCUGAAUAGCUCUGAUCCCCAUGGCAUUGAGAGCAAACGACGGAGGAAAAAACCAGUCUUCCUGGAUCAAUUCCUGCCUAGCCAUGGCUCAGGACCGUACCUCCCGCCGUCAGUGCUGCUACCCGACACAGACUUCUUCCCGGGCACCGUAUCCCUCCCCAGCCUGGAACCCCCCGGCGGGCCAGACCUCCUGGACGACAGCUUUCCCUACGACCCCGCUGCCCCCACGCUCUUGACCAUGCUGGACAUGUUGCCCCCAGCGCCACCACUCACCAGCGCUGUCGCGGGCAACGGCGGUGCAGGGGCUGCGGUCGGGGAGCCCCCCGGCCCCGAGCCGCUGACGCUGGACUCUUACCAGGCCCCGGGCCCCGGGGACGGAGGCACUGCCAGCCUCGUGGGCAGCAACAUGUUCCCCAACCAGUACCGUGAGGCCGGCUUUGGGGGUGGCCUCCUGUCCCCGGGCCCUGAGGCCACGUAGCCCCGCGGCGCUGGAGGAGAGGCGCUGGGUCGGGAGGGAGGUGGCCUUCCAAUCAGGAUACCCAGCACCCCCAUCCCCUGGGGCGGCCCUUGGUCAGUCUUCCGACGUCCUCGUCCUUCCGAAUCGGACAUCUUCAGCGCUGGGGAGAAACUCCGUAACACCGGUUUCUCCUGAGCUCAUUUACAAAUGAGAAAACUGAGUCUGGAGAGGAAAGGGGGCUUGGCUCUCAAGCACUAGCUUGUUAAAGCUGCUGUCUCAGCCCCCACAAGCAGGGGCACCUUCUCCAGGGGGAUUCUGUUGUGUAUAUAUGGGAGGAGGGUGCAGAUCCCCCAUCCUCCUUCCCCAGGCUUGAAGGUGGGGGGCGGGUAGGUUGUUUGUUCAGUCUUCCUAAUAAAGAUGAGCUUUUGA